AUGCAGUUAUUUGCAACAGUUUUAUAUACUGCUUCUAGUAUUAGAUAUUGGACAAUUAGUAUUAAUUUGCAACCAGAAACUGUGAUUGAUCUUUCAGUAGCUUGUAUAAAGUUUGAAUCAAAUAUAAAUAUAAGUGAUGAUAAUGAGCCUGAAAUGUCUGAGAAGAUUGUUAAUGA